GAAGAAGAAGACAGACAAAGCGCAGCAAGCGUGGACUCUUAUAAUAACGAUGCAUUACUGUACCUCAUUCUCGGUGUUCAGUCAUAUAUCUCCGAAAUGUCAGACACCGGUUUAAUGAACGAGCGGGACUCGCCCUUGUUUGAGCUUCAAUACAAAAUGUACACCUAUAUGAAGCAACGUGCUUGUGAAAUGGGCUUUGACGUG